UAUAUAAACCAACUCUGCGAAAGUGAUCCAUACAGUCAGUCGUUCUCCGUCGAGGCAUUUACACACAUUCCCAACUUAGAGAUGGCAACUACGAGACGCGAUUCCGUGAUGUGGCAUUGCCUAUUUCUCCUCAUCGUUGCAAUUGUCUGCCUGGGCCAAAUCGAUUUCUUCGACAACCGUUAUUCUUUCCAACGGCCAGUAUCAGCUGUGGUAGACAUCAGAGGCACUUCCAAAUAUCCCGGCAUUAGCGGCCAAAUUCAUUUCACGCAAACGACGGCAGGUGGACCCGUCAUCGUUCGCGGGACUGUCUUUGGCCUGACUCCCGGUCUUCACGGCCUUCACAUUCACCAGUUUGGCAGCUUGUCUGACGAUUGCAACGCGGCUGGACCGCAUUUUAACCCAUUCAACAACGAUCACGGAGGCGUGAGCGAUCAAUCCCGUCAUGUUGGUGACUUGGGCAACAUCGAUGCCAUAGGCGACUAUCACACCCAAGCUGAUAUCUUCCUGUUUGACCAUUUGAUUUCCUUGUCACAGAAAUCCGAACGCAGCAUCCUCCAUCGGGCCGUCGUCAUCCACGAGAGGGCCGACGAUUUGGGACUUGGCUAUCAUCCGGACAGCAAGAAAACGGGCAAUUCCGGAAGCCGAGUGGCUUGCGGAAUCAUUGCGUUAACAUCGUCACGUUCUCCUUAUCACUAUUGAUUUCACUCGUACGAAACAAAAAAUGAGUGUAAUGGAUGACCAAUGAUGAUGGAUAUGACGUGCUGUUAUCUCUCUGUUUAAUGUUUCAAAAAUGACGAUCGUUUUCAACAUCGCAGGUGUGUACAUACGAAAAAGAA